AUGGCAAGGUCGAGCGCGGACGAUCAAGACCUCAAGCGAGCAUGCGAGGCAGCGAUUGAAGGAUCCAAGGAGAAGAUCGAAAUGUCGAUGCGCGUCGCCAAGAGCCACGGGAUCUGGGGCAAAUCCGCCAAAUUAGGCAGCAAACACAUGGCUAAGCCUAGGAUUCUCGCCAUUACUAGUACGCCAUUCCUCUUUCUUCUGCGUUUUUAUUAUCCAAAACUUCCGAUCAGUAGACGUAUUCUUUAUCUAUCUAACGCCAAUCCAUGCAUAUGCGCAAUUCCUUGCAUAAAUAGAAGUUAA